AUGGAGUUUGUAGUGGGUGCUUCGGAAGCCACCAUGAGAUCCCUCCUAGGCAAGCUGGGCAGCCUCCUUGCCCAAGAGUACACUCUGAUCCGUGGUGUCCGCGGUGACAUCCAAUACAUCAACGAUGAGCUCGCCACCAUGCAGGCCUUUCUUGGCGACCUCGGCUCUGCCCUGGACGACCACGAUCGCCGGCUCAAGAGCUGGAUGAAGCAGAUCCGUGACAUGGCAUACGACAUGGAAGACUGCGUUGAUGACUUUGCUCAUCGUCUCCCUCAGGACUCUCUCAGCAAUGCAAGAUGCUCCUUCAUUGUGACUAUAGUCUACGAGUUGUGGACAUUUUGGCCUCGCCGCGACAUUGCUUCCAAGAUUGCUGAGCUCAAGGUCCGGGCACAACACAUUGCUGAGCGGCGCAGCAGAUAUGGAGUGGACAACCCAAUCCCAAGAAGCUCUAGAGCCAGAGCAACCCAUGCUGUUACAUAUGGCAUUGCUGAGCAUCUGAUGGUGAGCCGUCAGCUAAUCCGAACGGAGAAUCCCGUGGGAGUGAAGGUGGACAUGGAGAAGCUCGGGGGUUCGCUAACCAAACGUGAUAAAGGCUCUCAUCGAGCUGUUGUGUCCUUGAUUGGAUUCGGUGGUGUGGGAAAGACCACCAUUGCCAUGGCACUGUACCGAGAUUUCAGGAAUGAAUUUGACUGCCGGGCAUCGGUCACAGUAUCUCAGAACUUUGACGAAGAUGAAGUCCUUAGGGAUAUUCUUGGUCAAAUCAAGCCAACAAAUAGGCAAAUCAAGCCAAAGGAGGAGAAGGAGGGCAGCAACACAGGGAAGUUGGAGAACAAAAGCCUAGUGGCAGACAUUAAAAGCUCAGUGAAGCGAGUUGUGCCACUGCUCUCUGGUCACAAGCCGCAAAGCAAUGAUGGUAGCACGAAGAGUAAGAUAGGAUCAAUGAACCAUGACCAACUUAUCGAAGAAAUCAAAAAGCGGCUGGAUGGAAGGAGGUAUCUCCUCUUGGUUGAUGAUAUAUGGUCUGUAGAAACAUGGGAGACCAUUACAAAUUGGUUGCCACAUGAUAAUACAAAAGAUAGUAGAGUGAUAGUAACUACAAGAUUUCACGCUGUUGGUGCGGCAUGCUCAGAAAGAGAUGGAACUGAUUAUCUGCACACUGUUAAUGUUCUAAGUGAUGCUGACUCCAAAAGUCUAUUUCAUCAGGGUGUUUCUGAAUGCCCAAGCAGCAAAGAAAGCGAAAGAAUGGAUACAAGAUCUCAAGCUAUUGAUACUGAGUCCUCCGAAGGAGAUGGACCUGAUCAUCUGCAUUCCGCUGAUGUUCCUAGUGAUGUCGAUGCAAAAGAUCUGCUGAAGGAUCGUGUUUCUGAUCCACAAGGCAGCAAAGGUCGGGAGAAAGAAGAGGUCAAUGAGGAGAUAUGGAAAUAUUGUGGGGGUCUGCCUUUGGCCAUAGUCACCAUGGCUGGCCUUGUGGCUUGCAACCCAACAAAAAACAGUGAUCAUUGGAGUAAAGUUUGCAAGUCAUUAUUUCCAGAGCAGGUGGCUCCCCUUACACUGGAGGGGGUCACAAGGAUACUUGAUUAUUGCUAUAAUGAUUUGCCUGCAGAUCUCAAGACCUGCUCAUUGUACUUGAGCAUAUUCCCCAAGGGCUCGAAAAUUAGUAAGAAGCGUCUGACCCGGCGAUGGAUAUCUGAAUGUUUCGUCGCUGAGAAGCAAGGGCUGAGUGCAGAGGAAGUCGCAGAAACAUACUUCAAUCAGCUCGUAAGCAGGAAGAUAAUACGCCCUGUGGAUCACAGCAGCAAUGGGAAGGUGAAAUCCUUUAAAGUUCAUGAUAUGAUUCUCGAAUAUAUCGUGUCCAAGUCAAGCGAAGAGAAUUUUAUUACUCUUGUUGGUGGCCAUUGGUUGAUGCCAACUCCUAGCAACAAAGUUCGUCGACUCUCUAUGCAAAGCAGCGGUUCUAGGCAUGGGAAUUCAACAAAAGGUAUGAACUUAUCUCAAGUGCGGUCGCUGACAGUGUUUGGAAGCCAGAACCGACGACUCCCUUUCGAGUCGUUCAACAAUGGAAUAAUACAAGUGCUGGACCUUGAGGGUUGGAAGGGUCUUACAAAUAAACAUCUAAUUGACAUAUGUAAAAUGCUUGUGCUGAAGUAUUUGAGCCUCCGACGAACAGAGGUUUCUGAGAUUCCCUCAAAGAUUGAGAAGCUCCAGUAUCUAGAAACUCUUGACAUAAGGGAGACAAAUGUUGAGGUGCUGCCCAAGGGUUUUGGACAGCUCAAGCAGCUCCGUAGCAUGCUUGGAGGGAAUAAAAACACAAGGAAGGCAUUGAAGUUACCUGAUUUGAAAAAUAAGGAGCCGAUGAAAGCACUUCGUAUCUUGUCAGGGAUUGAGAUCGAUGAGGACUCAUCAGCUGUAGCAAGCCUUCAUUAG